GUUUUUAGAUGCUUUUGUGUGUUGGGAAUUUUUUUGGCUCUACUUCAGAGACAGAAUGGGCAGAGUAUCGUGCAGGGGCCAAGAAAGCUCCAAUUCCAACCUACGUGCUUGGCGCUAAUGACCAAGAGACCGUGAGCUAUUUUCCAGACAUCAGUGGCUGCGAAUUAGCUGAGAACAUCACUUAUUUAGGCCGUCGAGGUCUUUACAGUGGUACUUCUGGACUGCAGAUCGCAUACCUGAGUGGUACCGAGUCCCAGGAGGAGCCAGCUCCUGCCUACAGUUUUAGCACAAAGGAUGUAGCAGAAUUAAAAACGUCUUUGUUAUCAACCCCAAACUUCAAAGGUGUGGAUAUAUUGCUGACAUCCCCCUGGCCCAGAGAUGUGGGGACUUUUGCCAACAGUGCGGGAGAAAUAGAUACCAAGAAAUGUGGCUCCAAGUUAGUAUCUGAUCUCGCUGCAAGUCUCAAACCAAGGUACCACUUUGCUGCCCUGGAGAAGGCCUAUUAUGAAAGACUUCCUUACAGAAAUCACACAGUGCUACAGGAGACUCCCCGGCAUGUGAGCAGGUUUAUUGCACUUGCUGACGUUGGCAAUACAAGCAAGAAAAAGUAUCUUUAUGCCUUCAGCAUUGUGCCGAUGAGCUUGAUGGACCCUGCAGAGCUAGUGAAACAGCCACAGGAUGUCACCGAAAAUCCAUACCGAAAAUUGCAGAAGGACGCACAGAAGACCAAAGCAACCCUGUGUGCAGAGGAAGAACCACCUUGUCAGUUUUUCUUUGAUUUGAACAAGCAUCAGGGAAAGAAACGUCCCUCAGAUGGAAAAGAGAGAUGGAACUCCCAACCUAAGCAAGCCAAAAAACCCCCACAGCCCACGGGGCCCUGCUGGUUCUGCCUCGCCAGCCCAGAAGUCGAGAAGCACUUGGUUGUUAGUAUUGGCACACACUGCUAUCUUGCCCUGGCCAAAGGUGGCUUAUUACCUGAUCACGUCUUGAUUUUGCCUAUUGGGCACUAUCAGUCAGUGGUUGACUUGUCUUCAGAGGUGGUGGAAGAAGUGACCAAGUACAAGUCUGCCCUAAAGGAAUUUUUCAGAAGCACGGGAAAGAGAUAUGUCCUAUUUGAAAGAAAUUACAAGAGUCAGCAUCUGCAGUUACAGGUGAUUCCUGUCCCAUUGGACUGCUGUACUUCUGAAGACAUUAAAGAGUCCUUUAUUGCACAGGCACAGGAACAACAGAUUGAAUUAUUAGAAAUCCCAGAGCACUCCGAUAUCACGCAAGUAUGA